AUGAUGUCAAUACCAUUUAUGGAUCAAUCAGUUACAUCAAUAACAUCUUCAUCAACACAUUUUGAUUCAACAUCUCGUCGUCAAUCAUAUUCUCCUAUAUCAACAUCAUCGUCAUCAUUACCUGUAUGGAAAUCUUAUUUAUAUAAUUUACAAAUGCAAGCACCAAAACCAAAUCCAAUUAUAUGUCGAACUUCUCAAUCACGCCGUCCAAAACAAUAUGGUUUAGAAUUUCAUGGUCUUUUAUCACGUACCGAAGCUGAUCAAUUAAUGUCAACAUCUAUGGAUGGUUCAUAUCUUGUACGUGAAUCAUUAAAUCCACCAAAUUCAUAUACAUUAGUAAUAAAAUUUAAUGGUGAAAUAAAAAAUUAUAAAUUAUUUUUUGAUUCUCAAACAUCAACACAUUAUGUUGGUGAAAAACAUUUUGAUACAUUAAAUGAUCUUGUACAUGAUGGUUUAAUAUCAUUUUAUUUGGAAUCAAAAGCAAGUGAUUAUAUUGCAUUAAUGGCAUGUGAUUCACAAUGUUAUACUAAUGAAAGUCCAUAUGGACAAUAUAAACAACAAUUAUUACAUCGUGUACAAAUACAAAAUAAUAAUUCGAAUCAAAAUGAAAAUAAAGAUACACCAACAAAUCGUUCAAUAACACAAUCUCAAUCACAGAUUGAUCAAACGACACUUGAUUAUCUUUUACCAUCAUCUCGUAACUCAUCGAUUGUACCACAACGUACAUCAUUGAUAAAUAAUAAUUCAACAACGACAACAAAUCUUCCACAAAAGCUUCCAUCAUCCAAUCCAUUAUUUUUUGAUCGUAUACUUAUAAUGCAAGCAGAAAAAGCACAUAAUUUUAAAAUACAUUCAUUUAAAGGACCACAUUGGUGUGAUUAUUGUGCCAAUUUUCUUUGGGGUCUUGUACAACAAGGUGUUAAAUGUGCUGAUUGUGGUUUUGAAGCACAUAAACGUUGUUCAGAAAAAGUUCCACAAGACUGUGUACCACAAAUGAAAUAUUUAAAAUCAAUAUUUGGUGUUGAUUUAACAACUUUAAUUAAAGCAACAACACCAGCCUCAUCAGUUGCAUCAUUAACACCGAUUGUACUUGAAAAAUGUAUAAAUGAAAUUGAAUCACGUCCAUAUGCACUUGAUACAGAAGGUAUCUAUCGAAUUGCUGGAUUUUCUGAUACAGUUGAAGAAAUCAAAUUAGCAUUUGAACGUGAUUGUGAUCAUGUUGAUUUAUCUCAAGAACGAUAUCCUGAUAUUCAUGCAAUAACUUGCGUGUUAAAAUUAUAUUUAAGACAAUUACCUAUUCCACUUAUUACUUUUGAUAUUCAUACACAAUUACUUGAACUUCGUCCAUCAUCAUUAUGUGUAAAAACCAUUCGUCCCAUAAUUCGUCGUUUACCACCAGCUCAUUUUCAUACAUUAAAAUAUUUAUGUGAACAUUUACUUAAAGUAUCUCAUCAUUCAAUGCGUAAUCAAAUGACAAUUGAAAAUUUAUCAAUUGUAUUUGCACCAACAAUAAUGCGUUCAGAAAAUCCUGAUCCCAUGAUUGGAUUAAAAAAUUCUAAAUCUAUUCAACGUUUACUUGAAAUUAUUAUUGAACAAACACAUGAUAUAUUUUCUUCUUAA